GAAAGAAAGAAAGAAAGUGGGUUUAGUCUCCCUGCAAAACAGGAAGGCAGAGGGCAGCCCUGGGUGGGUGCUGUGAGGGAGUCUAGCCUGGCUCAGGCCUUAUUUUUCUCACCUAUAAAUUGAGGAGAAACGACCCACCAGCAGAACCUUGCCAUCUUCAGAGGAGGGCCGGUGCCAGCCGGAUUUACAGAUGAGCUGAGGCCACUCAGCUGAAGCCGGACGACUGUGGAGCGGCUGGGCCAGGGUACAAUACCAGGUCUAAGAGCUGAACCCGAGGACCUCAGCCCUGCACCCCUGGACUGGAGAGAGCCCCCAAGCAUCACCCCUCCCAGGCAUCACUACUUCAUCUGGGGACUGGAAGACAGAGGACUGGGCCAGGGCCUCGGGCUGUCAGCUGGGAUGCAGCCCUGGGGUUCUAGCUGCCAGCUCCAGGGGUCAGGGCCUUCUGCUAAUGCUCUGCUGUUGCCAACUUGAAAUUCUUAGGUUGUUUUUUGUUUUUUUUUUUUGUUUUGUUUUUUUUUGCAAGAGGACUUGCAUUUUCAUUUUGCACUGGAUCCCAGAAAUUAUGUAGCCAGUAGUCCCGGGGGCUCUGGGUGACCCGGCAUACUCUCCCUCCCAUCCUUGGCUUUCACAGAGGGGCCUGAGACCUGGCGCUUGGUUCACAGCACUGCUUUUGUGCCCUGCCUCCCCCUGCCCAGUGCCAGAUGGACUUAGAAGUUUCUGCAGGAAUGGGAGGGGGGAGGAGAGCCCUGAGCCGGCGAAGCAGGGAGCAGGCUGGCAGCAGAGCCACAGCACAGAGCGAGGGGCUCUGAACAGCUGUCAGGCAGAGGUCUGGUGGCUGGCUCGGGGUCUGCUGAAAGCUGUCUUGACCAGGAAACCGAAGACUGCUUUUGCCACAGCGGUUCCUGCAGCUGCCUUGAGAGGCAGGGAGAAGGAAAGUUAUGCGCUAAGGCCACGCAGCUGGCUAAUGGCAGAGCGGAACUUGAAUCUGAGGGUGAACCCUGAGUUUGCCCAGAUGAGGAAACUGAGGCUCAGAGAGGUCACAUGGCUUGCUCGAGGCCCCCCAGCCAGUGUGAACCCAAAUCCCUGCCCCCAGGGCCACCUACAGGACGCCGACACCUACCCUUCAGCAGACGCCGGAGAGAAAUGAGUAGCAACAAAGAGCAGCGGUCAGCAGUGUUCGUGAUCCUCUUUGCCCUCAUCACCAUCCUCAUCCUCUACAGCUCCAACAGUGCCAAUGAGGUCUUCCAUUAUGGCUCCCUGCGGGGCCGUAGCCGCCGACCUGUCAACCUCAAGAAGUGGAGCAUCACCGAAGGCUAUGUCCCCAUUCUCGGCAACAAGACGCUGCCCUCUCGGUGCCACCAGUGUGUGAUUAUCAGCAGCUCCAGCCACUUGCUGGGCACCAAGCUGGGCCCUGAGAUCGAGCGGGCUGAGUGUACAAUCCGCAUGAAUGAUGCGCCCACCACUGGCUAUUCAGCUGAUGUGGGCAACAAGACCACCUACCGCGUUGUGGCCCAUUCCAGUGUGUUCCGUGUGCUGAGGAGGCCCCAGGAGUUUGUCAACCGGACCCCUGAAACCGUGUUCAUCUUCUGGGGGCCCCCAAACAAAAUGCAGAAGCCCCAGGGCAGCCUCGUGCGUGUGAUCCAGCGGGCGGGCCUGGUGUUCCCCAACAUGGAAGCAUAUGCCGUCUCUCCCGGCCGCAUGCAGCAAUUUGACGACCUCUUCCGGGGUGAGACGGGCAAGGACAGGGAGAAGUCUCAUUCCUGGUUGAGCACAGGCUGGUUUACCAUGGUGAUUGCGGUGGAGUUGUGUGACCACGUGCACGUAUAUGGCAUGGUCCCCCCGAACUACUGCAGCGGCCCCGCCUCCAGCGCAUGCCCUACCACUACUAUGAGCCCAAGGGGCCGGACGAAUGUGUCACCUACAUCCAGAAUGAGCACAGCCGCAAGGGCAACCACCACCGCUUUAUCACCGAGAAAAGGGUCUUCUCGUCGUGGGCCCAGCUGUAUGGCAUCACCUUCUCCCACCCCUCGUGGACCUAAGCCACCCAGCCUGUGGGACCUCAGGAGGGUCAGAGGAGAAGCAGCCUCCGCCCAGCCGCUGGGCCAGGGACCACCUUCUGGUCAAUCAAAGCUCGCCGGAGUGUCUCCCAGCCAAUCAGGGCCUUGAGGAGGAGUUAUCCUCCAGCCAAUCAGGGCUUGGGGAAUCUGUUGGCCAAUCAGGGAUUUGGGAGUCUAUGUGGUUAAUCAGGGGUGUCUUUCUUGUGCAGUCACGGUCUGCGCACAGUCAAUCAGGGUAGAGGGAUAUUUCUGAGUCAAUCUGAGGCUAAGGACAUGUCCUUUCCCAUGAGACCUUAGUUCAGAGCCCCAGGAAUGGACCUCCCAGUCACUCCCCACUCUACUGGGAUAAUGAGGUCCUGUCCCAAGGAGCUGGGAACUUGGUGGUGUCCUCUCAAUUUCUAGCACCAGAAAGAGAUAUUGUGUGGGGGUAGAAGCUGUCUGGAGGCCCGGCCAGAGAAUUUUUGGGGUUGUGGAGGUUGUGGGGGCAGUGGGGAGGUCCCAGAGGUUGGAGGGUGGCAUCCAGGUCUUGGCUCUGCCCUGAGCGACCUUGGACAAACCCUUCCCCCUCUGCGGGCACCCUUCUGCCCACGCCAGUUUCCAGUGCGGAGUCUGAGACCCUUUCCACCUCCCCUACAAGUGCCCUCGGGUCUGCCCUCCCCGUCUGGACCCUCCCAGCCACUAUCCCUUGCUGGGAGGCUCAGCUCUUUGGGGGGUCUGGGGUGACCUCCCCACCUCCUGGAAAACUUUAGGGUAUUUUUGCGCAAACUCCUCUAGGGUUAGGGGACUCUGAAGGAAAUGGGACUAAUCUUAAGCUGUUUUCUUAGCCCCUCAGCCAGCUGCCAUUAGCUUGGCUCUUUAAUGCCAGGACUCCUACCCUCUAGCAGGGAGGUUUUCCAACUGUUGGAGGUGCCUUUGGGGCUGCUUCUUUGUCUGGAGCCACUGGGGGCUUCCAAGGGUCUCCCCCGACCCCCUGUCAUCCUGGGAUGACUGCCGGGAGCUGUGUUGCCUGGGUUUUGUCCCCUGGCUCUGUUAUCAGGCACUUUAUUAAAGCUGGACCUCAGUGGGUUGUGUUUGUCUCUUGUUCUUCUGGAGCCUGGAAGGGAAGAGCUUCAGGAGGAGGCUGUGAGGCCGGGGGGACCAGAUGGAGGAGGCCAGCAGCUAGCCAUUGCACACUGGGGUGAUGGGUGGGGGCGGCGACUGCCCCAGACUUGAUUUUGUAAUGAUUUGUACAGGAAUAAACACACCUACGCUCUGG